AUGGCAGAGGAAGGGCGAUCGCAGCUUCCCGAAGAUGAUGGCGUCGUGGAGCCUUCCACAGAGGAAGCUCCAGCUGAGCCGCCCAAGGCCGAAGCGGAGGCUGCUGGCUCCAUGUCCCAGUCCUUGGACACACCGUUGAAAGGCCUCGAAGAGGUCGAUGACCUCAAGGUCAUCCACCGGGACUUUCCGGAUGGCUCCGGAAGUUUCACUGUUCUUCACCAUCAACAUCUCUCGAAAAGCAUGAUGAGUGGUAGCUUCACUUCCACUGCUUCUAACGGCGGCGUCACCCAGUACCGGGGAUGCUUUCAGGGAGACCCUCAUCACGAGGGGCCCGUCCCCAAGGGUCUCGGGGUGAGGAUCAAUCCUGAUGGGUCUUCCUACACAGGUGAGUGGAAGGACGGCCAACCUCACGGCCAUGGUGAAUGGAAGGCAGCCGAGCCCUCUUGUGAAAGCUAUGUCGGAGACUGGAAGCGCGGCAAGAAGCACGGCUUUGGCAUCAUCAAGCUGGCAAAUGGAGACUCGUACGAGGGCGACUGGGCAGAUGGUAAAUUUCAGGACAGAGGCAAGUAUGUCUAUGCAAACGGCGAUGAGUUCAUGGGAUUGUGGGACAAGGGUGUGAAGUUGAGCGGGACUUUCUACUACAAGGAUGGACGCAUUAGCACGAGGAAAUGGGAGAACGGUGCCUGGCUGUAUGAAAAGGGCCGACGGGACAGUCCAAAGCAGAGCAUUCGGCUGCCUUUCGUUGCGCAGGCAGGGGCUUGCCGCCGAUGGAGCAUUUUCCCCAUCUUUUACUUUGACGUCAUGUCGUUCGUUCGAAGACUAACCGAAACCCGACAGUCACCUCGGCUCGAAAGUUUACUGGGAUUCAGGAUUCGGCAGUGGGUGCAGGAGGAUCCCAGCUGGCUCGCUGUGUGGGCCAUGGCGUCUGUGGGGAAGACCCCCAGCGAAGAACGCAGAGCAUCCACAGAGCAUCCAGUGGUGAGUGAGCCGAAGGAGUGGGCCGGCGCAGAUGACUCAGACGAUGACAAACCUAUCGAGAAGCAUGCAAGCAGAUCCUUUGAAGCCCGGGAAAAGCGGCUAACCGUCGCCGCGGUGAAUCUCCAGAGCGACAAGAUCCUUGGUGACCAGGAGGUUACUGUGGUUGACCAGCAGAAAGAGUGGAAGGAUGGUGAGGAGUCCGAUGAAGAGGCAUCGCCCGACAGGGUCGCAAAGCGUGCCUCGCAGUCCUUCCAGAAGCGGGAGAGCCGCUUGGCCCAGGGCGCUGUCAUCCGCCGCAGCUUCUGCGAGAGCGAGGCCAGCCAUGUCGUGUCCUUCGAGCAAAGCGGAAGCGUGCGUCAGGCGGCACCAGCCGGUGACAGUGGUUCAGUGCCGCCUGCUACCUUCGCAGUGGUCCGCACCACUGCGCAGAUCGAUUCAGCAAAGCACAGAGAAUUUGUGACCAUCUUCCAGGUCGCCGACGUUGAGAUGACCCUCACGAACAGCGUCAUUGCGCCACUGCCCGCCGGGAUGGCCCUGGAUGCUGCAAAGGUGGCUUUUGAAAACUUCGGUGAGGUUUCCCGUGUUCAGCGCCUGGAGAAGUUCGACAACUUUGUCCAGGUCGUCUUCUACGAUGUUCGUUCGGCCGAUCGAGCAGUGAAGGCUUUCGGUGCGGCCGGCUGCAUCUCAGGACCUCAGGUCGGUGAUCGCACGGUCAUGCUGGCAGGGGAUGACCAGCUUUCAACAAAGGACUUCCAGAACAUCUCGGAGGUUUGCAAGAGCCAGGAUGGCACGUUCUUUUUGGAGUUCUACGAUGUGCGCGAUGCCACGCGAUACCGGACAGCAAAGGAGGCUUCUGAGAUCGAGUUGCCACCGGGUCUGCUAAAAGCUGGCCCAGCCAAGGAAUCGCCACAAGUGUUGCCGCCACCCGGACUCGCGAAGGUGGCCGCCGCAGCGCCAGCAGCGCGCACGCCGGCCGGUGAGUGGCAGGUGGUGAUCCACAACUUGCCAGUGAAGAUUCUGACGAAGGUGAUGAUGGAAGUGGUCUUCCAGCAAGCUGGCUUCGAUGGAUACCUAAAGGAGUUCACCAUUCAAGCUGGCAAAGCCGGGGAGGUUGUGGCCAAGUUUGCCGACCAGCUGGCAGCACAGAGGUGUGUCGCGCAUUUCUCUGGGUGCCAGUGGGACAACAAGUCCGGUGCCGUUGUCACUGCUGAGCUCGUCCCUCCAAGGGAGACAAAGCCAAGCAAGCAUCUGAAGAAGAAAGCUCUUGCCUCGGCCUCCAACGCUUCCGGACCCUGGGCUUUCAGAGCGUGCAAAUCUGAAAAGAUGUCUGCGGAAGCCCCUGCCUUUCAACCGAGCUCCGUGGCACCCUAUGAGUUCUCUGCCGAGGCUCCUAUUUUCAUGCCGCUCUUGGGCUACAUGCCGAAGGUUGAAGAAGAACAAGCAGUCUCCGGAAACACCCGCACCCGAAAUACGACCAAGCUUGCCUUUGGUUCAGACACCAGCACAGAAGUGGGCGAUUCCGAGGACGAGGACAAGGCAAGCCCUGCUCGGGUGAAACGCAUCCCGCCGCAACAGGCCGGUGCUUCUGUCCGAAUGGCAUGCGGCUGA